CUCAGGUUCAUACCUUAGCCAUCUUUUGGUAUACAUGUACUUACAUGCGUCCGGCAGUCACGUACAGGUCCAGGUAGUGGUUCGAAAAGACUACAGGUACCUUACCUUCAGCAUCCAUCACCAUGUCCCAUCCAAUCACAUCCUCCCGCCGUCGCAGCCAGUCGCCCAUUGCACCCACCACGUCUCGCAGCAUCGGCGCCUCCUACCGCUCCCAGUCGCACCUUGCUGCCAUUGCCAUUGCCGAAGAGUCCAUCUCCCGAGACCUCGAGGACGAUGACUUCGCCGACGAAGACGCCGCCGACGACGGCAAUGCCCUCAGUCGCGCACACACACACGAUGUGCCCAGCUUGCGCGCCCACUCCAUGGCCGGCUACUACAGACGCCCGUCGUACAUCGCCCCGACGUCGAGACCGUUUCUGGGCUCACAGCAGCCGGAAACGUGCGUGCCGCUGGACCAAGACUGGGAGGCUGCCAUUAGCGAGGAGAGGAGUCUGCUCCGCGACAACAACAUCAUUCCGCCCAAACACCCCCGGCGGAAGGACAGCAGACGAAAGAGCAGCGGCGGCGGCGGGCUUGUCGAUACAGAUGCAGAGAGGGCGGCGGCAGGAGGGCAAGCCACCGAGACUACCGCCCUUCUCGCCCAGCAGCAGCAAGGAGCCGACGACCACCACCACCUCUUCCUCCCGUAUGGCGGCCAAGACAGCCCGGAAAACAUCUCGAAGAAGUGGGAGGAAGCGGUGCUGAAGGGCCAAAUUCAGACCACCUGGCAGCGCGAAAUGAAGACUCUGGUCCGAUACUCCGCGCCUCUGAUACUGACUUUCAUUCUUCAAAACAGCUUAACAUUGACCUCGGUCUUCACCGUCGGCCACAUAGGCAAGAACGAGCUCGGCGCCGUCUCCCUCGGGUCCAUGACCGCCAACAUCACGGGUUACGCCGUCUACCACGGUCUCGCCACAUCAUUAGACACGCUUUGCGCGCAGGCGUAUGGUUCGGGCAAGAAGAAACUCGUAGGUCUCCAACUCCAGCGCAUGGUAUUCUUCCUCUGGAGCAUCACGAUUCCCAUUGCCAUCAUCUGGCUGUCGGCAGAACAAAUUCUCUCUGUGAUUGUUCCGGAAAAAGAAAUUGCUGUCCUGGCAGGACAAUACCUGAGAGUACUGGUCAUCGGUGCCCCAGGAUACGCGGCUUUUGAGGCUGCAAAGCGAUAUGUGCAAGCCCAAGGGCGAUUCGCCGCUACUCUGUAUGUGCUGCUGAUCGCUGCCCCCCUCAAUGUUUUGAUGCACUAUCUGUUCGUCUGGCAUUUUCAAUGGGGCUUUAUAGGCUGUCCAAUCGCCGUGGCCAUCACAGAAUGUCUCAUGCCCAUCCUCUUAUUCUUCUAUGUGCGCUUCGUGGGCGGAAUGGAAUGCUGGCCUGGCUUCACACGCAAGGCAUUCAAAAAUUGGGGCCCCAUGGUGCGUUUGGCACUUCCAGGACUCAUUAUGGUAUUGGCCGAAUUUCUUGCCUUUGAAAUCCUGACAUUGGCUUCUGCGAGAAUCAGCGCCACGCAUCUUGCCGCGAACACCGUGCUGCAGAGUCUAUCUGUUCUGACAUAUCAGCUGCCUUUCCCACUUUCGAUUGCGGCUUCUACACGCACGGCGAACUUGAUCGGAGCUGGAUUACCAGGCGCUGCCCAAGUGACCACCAAAGUAACGUUUGCUAUCGGCGUGGUCCUGGGUGUCUUCAACGUGGUACUCUUGUCCUCUUUGCGCAACUACCUUCCCCGCCUCUUCUCCAGCGCACCGGACGUGGUCGCUCUAGCAGCCGCAACGCUGCCCGUCUGCGCGACAUUCCAGCUCGUCGACUCACUAGCGGCCCAGUGCAAUGGUAUAUUACGAGGUUUGGGCAAACAGGAAAUUGGAGGUUAUAUCAACCUGUUCGCGUACUAUGCCAUCGCUUUGCCAUUGUCUUUUGCUCUGGGAUUUGGCUUGCAUUUUGACUUGGUGGGUAUCUGGAUUGGCCCUGCCGUUGGUUUGGGAAUAGUAGCUGCCCUCGAGAGCAUUUACAUAUCGAGGACGGAUUAUCAAAAGGCGAGCGAUGAGGCUGCGAAGAGGAAUGCUGCGGAUUAACGACCUCGCAUAUCUGACAUGCAAUCUUUCUUACAUUCCCGUUUCAACGCCGCACAAUGCUAGUCCCGGCAGCAAGCUCGGAUUGUGGGUCGGAUUGUAGACAUAUCAUCAUGAGAGAUUAUUGACUGGCAGGCCUUAGCGGUACGCCAGUCCGAUAUUCUCUCUCUCUUUCUCAUUCAUUCGAGCACCUUGAUUUCUACUGCAAACAUCGCAACAUUGUCUUCCUAGAGACUGACCAUGAUGCAAUUCUCUUCGAGAAUCUGCAAAUGGGUCGCCAUAUCCCUGGCGCUCGUGAUAUUGGCCAAUGCUCAAACGUACACUCCUACGCAGACAUGGAAUAUCGCAGCGGCUACGGGAGGCACAACAGACAAUGUCGGAUGCACGCUUGGCCUGGCGAACCAGGCCGAUCCCAAUGGAUACUACGAUGACCCUUACGGUGCGAGAUACGCCAUUCGUUGUCAACAAGACAGCAAUGGGUUUGUGUACGACCAGGCUGGCACCUCUAAUCAGGGGGUGUAUGGUUGUUCGAAAGGUUGCGAUAACAGACCAACCUGUAGAGGAUGGAGCUACAUAGGGUACCAGACAACUGGAACUUCCGGGGUUGGCAGGUGCUACUUCAGAAUGGACCUUGGCCAGUUUUCCUCCAACUCCAGCGUUUACGCCGGUGCGCAACUUCUCAGCAAUGGAACACCUCGACUUCCGUGCCCGUACUAUAAUAGCACCACCUUCAUCGACAGCCAAGGCUAUCCAUGGCUGGUGCGCUGUGGGUUCGAUAUCUCGGCCUCCGACACAGGAUCACCGCUGUAUGGAGGCACGAACAUGACGGAUUGCAUGAUAGGCUGUAACGGUUACCUCACCGCGACUAACCCUUGCACCAUGUUCUCAUACGUGUCUCCAAAUGGUUAUGACGUUCCGCCGGACAACGUCCCGGGCGCAAUCGACUGCUACUUCAAAUAUGGUACCCCGUCCGAGUACGGGGGAGGCACGGUUAACGCCGCGUACGCUUCCAGAAUAGCGGCGACCCCCGUGUUCACCACCACACGAGUGUCUUCCACCAGAACAUCAGCGACUACCACCAGUAGACUCACGACCACCACCAGCAGCACACCAGUGCCUAUUGCCAGCACACCAGUACCUGUUGCGAGCACACCAGUGAGCACACCAGUGCCUGCUGCGAGUACACCAGUGAACACACCAGUGCCUGCUGCGAGUACACCAGUGCCUGCUGCGAGUACACCAGUGAGCACACCAGUGCCUGCUGCGAGUACACCAGUGAGCACACCAGUGCCUGCUGCCACCACACUAGUGUCUUCGACUAGAACUACUUUGGUACCAUCCGCGCCAUCUAGCCCUACGGCGAGCAGAGCGCCUACAGCUUAUCCCUCGCAAUGUCAGUUUCUUUUCAGAUCUGGACCGGUGAAGUUCUGUUAUUAGUGAAUGAACCUCAUAUAAUACGUAACCUAGAGCAGUCUCCGCGGCGGUCAUAUCGUAAUCAAUU